GGGCGGAAAUGUUUACUCGGGCGUUUUGGGUCAUCACAAUCCACACGAGAGCACAUUUCUCCCUUAAGAAGGAAAGAAAAAUACAUUUCGCACCAAGCAGCGAUCCAUCGUGAGUGUGUCAAAAUGUGUAAAGUGAAAAUUUUGAAAUCGUUGGUGAAGCAGCGUCUUAACGUGGCCGUCGAAGAGAUUUUCGGAUUGUUCGAAAGAACCAUCGCGGAGUACGAGGAGGAACUUUGUCGAACCAAAAAGGAGAACGAGCGACAACGCGACCUACUGGACGCUAUUCUCAACCCUCAAGUUCGACUGAACAGAACAGAUGUGCAGCAGGUGUUGGUGGAGAGUCAAGAAAUGGGGGAUGAGCCUGCGGAGCCCCCCCACAUUAAAGAGGAAGAGGUGUGGAAUAGUCGAGCCUGCCAGGAGGCUGGCAUCACCAUGCUCACACCAUCUGGUGUCCAUGUAAAGACCGAAGACAACAACGACGGUCAGCCUUUGCCACGUCAAAAUGAGGACAAACAAGGCGGCAGGUCGAGACAAUGCCUGUCAGCAGAAGCCGAAGAUCUCCACUCGCGAGCAAACUACUUGGCGCCGCUAUCUGAUACGGAGGAUAUGACGUCCCGCUCUUCGGACACCGACAACACUAAAAAAGUUUCGAACGCCAAAAGUGACAAAAACCGCAAAUGCUUCGAAUGCGGUAAAACGUUUCUCAGUACGAGCGAUUUAAAAAAACACACGGUCACGCACACGGGUGAGAAACCGUUUGCGUGCUCAGUGUGCAAUAAAAGAUUCGCCUUUAAGCAUCGCAUGGUCAGACACAUGAAUAUACACAUGGGCAAGCAUGGCCAUUUCUGCUCAGUUUGCGGGAAAGGAUUCCGAGAUAGGUAUGACAUGGAAGCUCACAUGAGCAAAAGCGGCUGCCAGAAAAAUUUGGUCGAGAAGCUGUUCGGCUGCCGCUUGUGCCGUAGAAGAUUCAGCAAUAAGAGUUACGUGAGGAUCCACAUGAGGUCGCACACGGGCGAGAAGGUGUUUGCUUGUGACGUGUGCGCUCAGAGGUUCACUUAUAAAUAUCAGCUGGAGAAACAUCAGUGCAUCGUCAUGGAUGCCAUGGCCAUUGCAGUGCGUUCGGAAGACACGGACAACCCUUGAAAGUUGCAUUUUAUUAUUAAAAGGAACUAUUGUACGUGUUGUAACAUUUUGCAAUGUUGUACAUCCAUUUAAAAAAAUCAAAUGUUGCCCCAUUAUUUUUUUCUUUCCAAAACUGUUCAAAUUGAAAUACAUCGAUUAAAUAAUAAUAAUAAAACAGUAAAUGAACAGCAUGAAGAAAAUUUGUAGUAUUCAAGUCAAUCCAGAAGGUGGCAGCAAAGCACGGUCGUGCAUCUUGCUUGCCACCAUCUUUCUACGCUGUAAUUGUGUAUUACUAAUUAGUAAAAAUGACUAAUUGGGGUCAGAAUUAUUGUACAUGAAAAAACAAUACUCGUACUUGAAAAAAUAAAACCUGGGAAGAAAAGUUUAAAUAAAAUUUAAAUAAAAAACUAGGGUUCGGGAACUUUUUUGGCGGACAGAGCAAUAAAUGUCCAUUUAAAAAGAAAAAAAAAAUUCCCGUGAAAGCUAUACCAUUUAAAAAGUAAAACAUGGGCUAAAUACAAUUAAAUGCAUGUGUUUUAAUUAAGACCAACGAUUUUUUGACUGUAUACUAAUGUAUUCUUUCUAAUAACGUUUUUAUAUUGAAGCCAAGAAGAAAAAACUCACCAUUAAUGAGACUUCUGGGGCUGCAUUGUUUUGCUGAUGGCUUUGUAGUUCGGGUGAGGUUCUUUUAUCCGUUUGAGUAUCUUUUCUUUAUCCGUGAAGUCGUCAAAAAGUUCAUUAGCCACAUCAAGAAAAAAAUAUUGAAAUACUCGCCAUCAGUGAAUGGCUUUCCGUUCCUCACAAUUACUAAAGCGCCGGCAAAACUAGCUGAAUUAAAGUCCAUACACGGAGUUGCUGUUGACUAGCUUGGACCUACAAAUGCAAUUUCUUCGGUCCACUCACUCUGAAAUGUUUUGUAAUUGUCAUUUUUAUUUCUCUUCGCCAUCUUUCUUGCUUGCCUGGCACACACCAGCUAGCUAACCGAUAUUUGAAAUAAAGCGGAUGGAAUUUGACCUCUCACGACCCCGUAGGCACCGUAUUGUCCAAUUAAAAUCCCGCUUUAUUUUGUCCGACCUGGCGUCACCAAAGGGCAGCUGGGAUUGGCUGAUAUGUUUUAAACGACUCUAAAUUGUAGAAAUUACUGGAUUGGCUGAUAUGUUUUAAACUACUCUAAAUUGUAAAAAGUACAAGUAUAAAAUACGCAGUACAUGGUAUGUAAAUAUUUCCAUUUAUUAAUGACCUAAAUAUUUACAUACAAAUUUUCAUGUGGAGCAACAACAAUGGCAGAUGAACUGCAACCAUGACCUCUUCUCGUGGGGUCCAAAUAAAAGAAAAUCAAAAAAUGUACACUAAUUUUACCCAUUACUUGCAAGUAUUGUGUACAGAGCCCUCGGUUUUCCUUUUGCGAAUCACAGUGAACAUGGCGAACCACAUAUAACAUAUGUGAACCACAGUAUAAUAUCAAACCCUGAGUCAAUAUUAAAACUAACAUUUCACAAAGUCCUACAUUACCUUAAGUAAAUAAAAUACAUCAGUACCAGUGCAUACAUUAAUUAAAUAUACACAGAAACUCCCUUGCAUUCGUUUAAAUAGCAAAGCAAUCCAAGAUUUUAUGAUAACGUUCCAGCACAUGGGCAUUUAGUUUCGACACUAGAGGAAAAAAAUACUUCACACACAGUAUUGUCAGCAAAAAAAAAAAAAUAACUGCUGUAAACACAUUCCUACAGCUUCUAAUUUUUGGACCGCACCCAA